AAGGCAGCAUACACGAUGGAGGGUUCUGUGAACAAAUUUUUAGUUGACGAUAAGGGAGUUCUAAUUUUGAUCAUGUUUGGACUCCCUCCCGUUUAUCAUCUGGAUGACGCGCUUAGAGCUGUAAUGGCUGCGCUGCGAGUGGUAGACGGACUGAAGGAUUUGGGACUCACCGCUGGAAUAGGUGUAGCAACGGGCCGCGUCUGGUGCGGAACUGUCGGUUGCAAUCUGAGAAAAGAAUACACGGCAAUGGGUGACACAGUCAACCUGGCAGCACGACUCAUGGGGAAGGCGCGAAGCAAUGAAAUUAAUUGCGACCUGGAAACGAAAUCCCUGUGCGAGCGUGUAAUGGAUUUUCGUGCAUUACCGCCAGUGAAAAUGAAAGGAAAAUCCAAUCUUGUGCCUGUUUUCCAGCCGAUGGGUCAGCUGAGACGACAAGCGAUCCUCCAAACAACAACUGGUGUAAGUUUUUGUCAAUACAUCGACCCCUGGUUGCCUUCUCUGAGACCGACAAUCGAUAUUGGGGGCGUCGCUGUGAUUGUAGGGAAGGAGACUGAGGGAGCCACAGAUCUUGUCGAAUACGUUUCACAAUUGUCGAAAAAUCUGGGGAGAAAGAUUUUUUUGUGUAGUAAUAUGCCGGAUUCUACGUUUGUUAAUAUUGGAAAUGUCCCUCUCCUCGCUUGGAGAAAAUUAUGUACAGAAAUGAUUACGCAGUGGAGAUGGUCACCAGCAAGGGACACGAAAGGAUAUUCAAAGGUAGAUCGUGACAACUCAGUUUAUGGACUUGCGAAAGAGCUGAUUCAUCCUUUGUUUCACUGGCGUCUUCAUGAGAUGAAAUCUGUGAUUAAUGGUCUGAUGCUUCCAUAUGAAGUACCCGAGAAUCAGUUGUUACAUCAAGAAAGGGAUAAGUCAGCAUUCAAAUCAAGGAAAGCCAUAAUGAAACAUGGACUUGGGAAUGUCUUCAAGAAAGCGUCCCAUUUUGUUGCGGCUCUGAAGCGAGACGACCAUUCAUUAGAUUGUACGUUAGGAAUGGCAACCAGCUGA